AUGCCGAGACUUCGUCGAGAUCGCUACGACGGCAACAACAGGGUCCUCGAUCCCAAAGAUCAGCCCUGUUGUUCGUCUUCUGUUCUGGAGACAGAGGAACGUUUGAUUGAGGAUUCAGUAGAAGAUCUACAUGACAAUCAAGCCCCUUAUUUCACUUCCAAUCUUCUCCCUCAAACUCUACAACAACCCUACAAAACUCGGAAUCUGAAGAGGAUUCUGCUGAUGAUAGGUGGUUUAGCUGUUCUCGGUCUAAUUGGAGGAUUAAUUAAUUUCGGAGACAGUUCAUUUGAGAAAAGACACAGUCUUUAUUCAGGUGAGUGUAUUCUUUCUCCCUUUGGUUGUUAAAAGCCGGUUUUUUACAAAAAUGGGUGUUUAGGGGAUUUUUUUGAUUUAUUUUCUUAAAAGUUUGAUUGUAACAAAAAGAAAGACUGAUCUUUUUUUUCUGAUUGCAGCGGUCACUCUUGCCACUCUCGAAGAAAUUUUCGGCGGACUUUAAGUAAUGGGCUGACCUUUUUCGGAGAGUGCAAACUUAAUUAAUUGGGAGCGGUCGGGGAGCUCGACAAAUAAUGUUUAUCUCUCAAAAAUGGACACUCACGAGGGACCCUAUACCACCUGUUCCGGUCGUUCCGAUUAAUUUAUACGACAGGCCAAUCCAUUUUCUCUCGGUCCAUUAGUCCGGCGUUUUUUAUGAGGGACGGUCCUGGUGUUGUGACACCAAACAUAUAGAUCUUCCGAUAAAAUGCCAAAAAAUUGCUGAAAUAUCAUCCAAAUCUAUUUACAUAAGCAGAGGGAACCUUUGAAUUUGUUUAUUCAUGUAAUCAUCAUCUUGUCCUCUUACAGGGAUCAACGAAGAUCAAGGUGAAACAUGGUAUCUGAAUUCACAUGAGAUACGACGGAGACGGGAUCUAAGUCCAGAAGAGGAUGAGGAAGACCCAAAUCUCAAAGGUCUGUCCCUCGAAUGCAAUCAGAAAUGUACAUUAACCCUCCAUCGACAAUCUCAAGUCUUAAGAAUUAAUUUAUUUCGCAAAGAAUUCAAUUCCAUUCAAAAGUAAGCGGCCCGAUCUCUACUAUAAUAUAUUGUAGAGAAGAGAAAGUGAUUCCUAUAAUCCAGUAUUUGGAGUCCGAGAAUGAGACCCAGGCCAAUCCGACCCUUCUUUCUCCGGCCUGUAUAUAUUCAGCACGUGUGGAGGAGGGCCAGGAAGAAAGUAUUGUAAAUUUGUGUGAACCGAAUGGAGGCCUGGUAAGUGAGUCAAGAUUAUGAAGACGAGGCCAAACAUUCUUGGCCAAGCGCCGAAAUUCUGAGUCAGAAAAAUUAUUUUUUGUUUGCCGAAACGAAAACAUUACAAAGUAGCUCAUAGGGAAAGUACUUCGAGUGCGACGCUCGGAUUUUGAUGAAACUUGGCGCAAAUUUAGAUUAAUUUCUUCUAAAGAUAUAUGCGAGACUCCUAGCUCGCGCUUUGCAGAAACGACCGAGGUUUUUAGAUCAAAAGUCUUUCAAAAAAAGCGACACUUUUUGGUUAAUUUUGACAUGAAAAUUUUCUAUCGUAUGUUUCAACAAAAAAAAUUUUCAUGCGAAAUUGUCAAAGAAACAGCUAAAAAAGUUUUUUUAUCUCUGUGCGAAAAAAUUAAAGAAAACCUGAGCGUCGCACUUCAAACACUUCUCUUGUCAAAUCGGAGGUCGAAAUUGAGCAAAUUUUUUUGGGAAUCAAAAAAGCCUUCGUGGGAGCGUUACGUAAUAAUUUUUGGGAUCCAUACGAGGAAGCCUCUUCUUAAGACCCCAUUUCUACAAAAAUUUUGGGUGCGUGACCGAAUAUGAACUGAGUGAAUACGAACAAGGGCUAACAUUUUUGGCAACCCGGCCUGAAGGUAAAAAAAUAGUCUUCUAAAGCGUUAAGGGAUGAGACUAAGCCUCAACUAAACCAUGCUCAGCCUAAACGAAGCCUCUCUCCACUAAGCUCCGUGCAGUAGGCAAAAAAUAUUUGAACUCAAAUAUUGGGGGCUGCAACUUUGUACGGUAACUUAAUGCAAUCCCUUCAUUGAAAAAAGCAUAUCAUCGAAAUUGCGAAACAAUUUCCGCAAUCGUUUAUUGAACCUAUCAGUCUGUCGGAAAAAUAACGGCGGAUUGUCGCGCCUCGGAAUCGCCCAUAAUCGCUUAGCGACUUCAAGCCGCGGCUGGGAAUUUGGUGCGCGACAUCGGCGAAGCGAGACAUUUUGAUGCGACGAUCCGCCGUUAUUUUCCCGAUAGACUAAUAAAGUUUUAUGGGGAAGUUUGUAGUAAUUGUGCUUAUUGCACGGUGCAAAGUGAGGUUUUGUUUUCGUACAGUUCAUGUCGCGAAAAUCGAAAUGGGUUUCUUUUUGUGCGAGAGAGUAGUAUUUAUUUUCUCGUUUCUCUUCCACAUGUUUUUCUCAAUUUUCUUUUUUAUUGUCAGGAAAAAUGCAAAAAAUCUGAAAAAUAUCAAAUUUUAAAAUCGACCAACUAGCGAAUGGAAAAGCAGUAUUACUGUGCCAAGACGAUUUAUUGCGUUUUAGAAACUCGAGAAAUAUAAGGAUGAUGACAUACGCAUCAUUUGUGUGUUUGCGUAACACACAAAUUUCUGUUCUCUCCCCUGAAGAUUUAGAUUUUUUUAAUUUUUCGCUGCUCCGUCAAGAAUUUGGAAUUUCUUGGCUGUGAGCUGUUCAACCAAGAAAUCGAGCUUUUUGCCGCCAAGAAGAAAAUUUUUAGAUCGCGCAUACUAUUACUAUACUAUUAUUACUGGUUUUAGUUUGGAACUCUGUCAUUAUCAGACGGGGCUUACGUGAUCGAGCCCUUAAGUGUUGAUGGGAAGACUCGGAAGAAAAGGGACCUCAAGAUCAAACCGCAUCUCAUCUACAAGGCCAAGAACAUCCCUUUUGAGGAACCCCUGGAUUCAGAAGGCCCCGGGAAGACUGAUGAGGACCAACUGUUCCUCAAUUCGAGUAAAAACGGUUAGUUAACUCGUUAAAAUCCUCAUUAACUUUUAACGACCCCUUUAAAGUUUCUUCCGAUUGCAAGGAUUCGAAAAAUUAGAGGAAAUUGGCGUUCGAAUUUCGGAACCUAAAUUUUCAAAAAAAAGGUUAGAAGAAAAGAUCAAACAACACCAAGUACAACAUUAAAAGAUUGCAGGGAAUCGCAACAAAAGAGCCGCCAACUCUUGGGAUUACUAUGUGGAAGUGCUGGUAGUCGCGGAUUACAAAAUGCUUGUUUACCAUCAAAAUAAUCUCGAAUCGUAUGUUCUGACCUUGUUCUCGACAGUGGCUUCCAUUUAUCGUCAUGCUUCCCUGAGAGCAUCUGUUAAUAUCAUUGUGGUCAGAGUUGUUGUUCUAAAACAUGAGAAUGUAAGAGAACAAGAGGCACAAAUCAUUCCACAAUGUCGUUGUAGGUGGGUCCAAGAGUUUCGAAUCAUGCCCAAGAGACAUUACAACAAUUCUGUGCUUGGCAACAGAACCUGAAUGACCGAAACGACGAUGCUCUUGCUCAUCAUGAUGUGGCCAUUCUUCUGACAAGACAUGACAUCUGCAGAGCUACCAACAAAUGCGAUACACUUGGAUUGGCCGAGUUGGGGACAAUGUGUGACGCAAGGAAAAGCUGUGCUAUCAUCGAGGACAACGGUCUUUCGGCCGCUUUCACAAUUGCUCAUGAAUUGGGUCACAUGUAAGCACGGACAAAAUAAAGUCUGGUGUGUUGUAUGGCACGCCAAGCUAAUGUUUUCUUUUUAGUCUAAACAUUCCCCAUGAUGACGAACGGCGAUGUGGAAGAUAUAUGCCUUUGACCAAGAACAAUUACCAUAUCAUGGCACCCACUUUGGAAUACAACACCAACCCCUGGGCCUGGUCUCCUUGUUCUUCUGCAAUGCUGGAGAGAUUUCUAGAGUAGGGAAAAUAUAUAAGGAUGGUGACAUACGCAUCAAAUCGGGUGUCAUAGCCAGAAACCGCGAUUUUUUUUGUCUGUUGGGCCUCUAGACAAGAAAUUCGCAGUUCUUGUCUGACAGGGGAAGGGCCCCUAGUGCGACGCUCAGAUUUUGAUGAUAUUGGCACAAAUUUAGAAUAAUUUUUUCAAAAGUAGAUGCGAGAAUUCUAGCUCGUGCUUUGCAGAAACACCAAGAUUUUUGAAUAGAAGGUCGGCGAACAUUUGACUUUUUGCCGAAUUUCGGCACGAAAAGUUUCGUGCCUAUUCCUACCGUAAAGUGUAAUUUUUCUACAAAAAAGCAAAUUUUUCCGCACAAAACUGGCAAAGUUGUGGCCAAAAAGCCUUUUUCUCUUUGACCGCUGUCGGCGUUUAGCGUACUCUCUCGGCGGCAAAGAUCGUUCAAUAUCUCGGUGGCGCUUGCAAAGCGCGGGCUAAAACUUUCAGGAACUGAUAUUUAGUCCAUGACCGGCGUGUGUGGAAAAUUGAAAGAAAAUCUGAGCGUCGCACUUGGGGUACUUCCCUUGUGAGCAGAGAAAAAGAGAAAAAAAUCUCCACAAGGAGAGAGCAGAAAUUUGCGCAUUGUUACGCAAUUUGAGACAAGAAUUGCGCAUUUCUUGUCUAGAGGCCAAACAGACAAGAAAUCGCGAUUUAUGGCCCCGACACCCGAGUUGAUGCGUAUGUUACCAUCCUUAUAUGGUAACAUACGAAUAUUUAUAAAGCUUUAUUAUAGUAAUCAACGCUCUCAAACACAAUGCAUUCUCGACAAGCCGAUCGAACGAAGGUACAUGGAUAAGAUGUUUAACCAUCCGCCUGCUGGAAUGCUCUAUUCGGUGAACCAGCAAUGCCAAUUUGUGUUUGGACCAUCAGCCGAAAUAUGCCCUUACAUGCCAACUUGUCGAAGGCUUUGGUGUUCUACUUAUUAUGGCUUUCAAAUGGGAUGUAGAACACAGCACAUGCCUUGGGCUGACGGAACACCCUGUGGGGAUAGUAUGUGGUGUCAUCGUGGCCAAUGUGUGGGCAUAUCUCCGAACAAAAGACUCAAAGUAGAUGGAGGAUGGGGAGAAUGGCAAAUCUUCGGAUCAUGCAGUCGAACUUGUGGAGGUGGAGUGCAGAAGGGUGUCCGUGAUUGCGAUAAGCCAAGGUAAUGACAAAUUCAAUAUGACCCGCAAUCUUAGACCCAUGAACGGUGGAAAAUAUUGUGUUGGUCAAAGAGAACGCUACCGUUCUUGCAACAUCCAGGAGUGCCCAUUCGAAACCGCCGGAUUCAGAGAAACCCAAUGCUCAGAAUUCGACAAUAAAAAUGUCGGAAUCCACGGAGUCCCCAUUACCACCAAAUGGGUCCCUAAAUAUACCGGAAUUGCGAAGAACGAGCGAUGCAAAUUGUACUGUCGAGCCAAGGAUUCGGCCGCUUUCUAUCUUCUCAAGGAUAAGGUCAUCGACGGCACGCCUUGCGAUAGAAAUAGCGACGACAUUUGCAUCGAUGGAAUAUGUCAUAAAGCAGGAUGCGACCAUCGAUUGGGUUCUGACAUCAAGAGAGACACGUGCGGGGUUUGCGGAGGAGACGGAAGUACUUGUCAGACAGUUCAAGGAGUUUACAAUGAAAAGACUUCAUUCGGAUACAACGAGGUCCUUCGGAUACCAGCAGGAUCGGCUAACAUUGACAUUAGUCAGCUCUCCUAUAACAACCACAAGGACGAUGACAACUAUUUGGGUAAUCUUGCAUAGUCAUCCAAUUCAAGUUUUAGCUCUAAGAACUGCCACCGGAGAGUUUCUAUUAAAUGGACAAUAUCAGGUGUCCGUAUUCCGUCAGCAAAUUCCGAUUUUGGACACCGUACUCGAAUAUUCCGGCAGCGACAAUAUAGUGGAGAGAAUCAACGGAUCAGGGCCAUUAAGAUCAGAUAUUUAUGUUCAUGUUCUUAGCGUCGGAAAUCUGAAUCCUCCCCAUGUAAACUACAAAUACAUGGUGCCCCGGAAUCCCGGUAGAUUGAAUACAGUGAGCAGAUCGUCUCAAUAUUAUUGGAUUAUUGCCGAUGAUUGGUCGCAAUGUUCGUCUAGGUGUCAAGGAAGUCAGGUUCAAGGAUUGAAAUGCAUGGAAGCUGCCAGUAAUCGACCGGUUGCUGAUCAGUAUUGUACAAGUAAGAGGCCCGAACAAAAGCAAAGAAUGUGUAAUGUCAAUUGCUUUUUCAAGUAAGUGAAUAUUUUUAUGCCGGUUAAAACCGUGGAUCCCGAUAACCAGGUCAACUGUCAUAGACACAUUUGUAAAAAAGGUGUAAUUUGGAAAAAUUGUAAAUUGUAAGUGUAAAAUUUUCAAAAAAGUGUAACUUUGAAAAAAGUGUUUAUUUUGAUGUAACACUGCUAGACAUGAUGUUAUAUUGGAAAAUUUGUUGUAAGUGUAAAACUGUAAGUAUACGUGCAAAGUUUUUUAAAAGUGUAACGUCGAAGAUUUGAAGAAUAAACUUCUAACAAUCUUAGAUCAGCUUUCACACUUUCAAGUAAUACUUUAAAAAAUUUACACUUACAAUGCAUACUAUUAUUUUACCGAAUUACUUUUUUACAAGGAUGUGGGGGUAUCUACGACAUUAGAACUGAUUCUCGGAAUCUGCCAAUUACGAUUUCUGCUCGUUAUUGACUGCUAUCAUUAAAACUUGAUGAUCUAGAUGGAAAACAACUCAUUCAAGUGCAUGUUCUGCCCGUUGUGGAAAGGGCGAACAGAACCAAGAUGUUGCUUGCGUCACAUUGACCAAGCAACCAAACAAUCUUGAGAAAGAGGAACCAGCCCAUGAACAAGAAUGUGUUAGCGUUGGGUUAAGCAAGCCUCCAUCAAGGAUCCCCUGUUAUAACGACUGUGAUGGACGGAUGUGGACAUACUCAGCUUGGACACCGGUAAGUUUUUUUAUUUACUGAAAGCUUUUUUAUUAAUCUAAUUACUCUCAAUCCUGCAGUGUUCCGCGACUUGUGGAAAUGACGGUAUAAGCAGAAGACAGGUUACAUGCACGGACAGUGCCAACAGGAGUAUUGAUCCGAGGUUCUGUGAUCAAAUUCCCAAGGAAUCAACAGAAACAGAAUGUAAUCGGCUGCCUUGCCCUGGAUGGAUUUAUGGUCAAUGGACUGAAUGCUCUCGAUCUUGUGAUGGAGGAAUUCGAGUAAGACAUUCCUCAUGCGCAGACUCCUCCGGAAGAGAAAUUCCUGUCGAGAAUUGUGCAUCGCAAGAACGAAAAGACCGCGAGAAAUGUAACGAACAUGUCUGUAGUAAAUGGAAGUACGGAAUGUGGUCUUCAUGUUCAACCACAUGUGGAAAUGGAAUCCAGAAAAGAGAUGCAACAUGUGUGGACAGGAAUGGAAAACAGUUGGAUGAUAACAAGUGUGACGUCAGAGAGAAGAUUCUACAGAAAUCUUGUCAUCAAGGAGACUGCCCACACUGGAAGAUCGGAUCUUGGAGUACAUGUUCUGUCUCUUGUCUUGAUGGAUACAAGACAAGAUCGGUUCAAUGUGUUGACGGCAAUGAAAGCCGAAUAUCGGAAGAUUACUGUUUAAAAACCUCAAACAACUCUCGCCCAUCCACUCACGAGCUCUGCAAUAACGGUCCUUGUCCCUAUUGGAGAUUAAAUCCUUGGUCACCAUGCUCGGCUUCGUGUGGAAGCGGGAUCAGAAGUAGAACCGUUGAGUGCGUGUUUAAGGAACAAGUUGUGGAUGCAUCAUUCUGCUCUGAACAACCACCCAAACAACAACAGCAGAACUGCACACUUCUACCCUGUUCUGAAUGGAGAACCCAUCCGUGGUCACGAUGUUCAAAGUCUUGUGGAUCAGGAAUGCAAUCAAGGAAAGUGGAGUGCACAAGAGAUGGGAACGUUGUUAACAACAACGAAUGUUCUGGAACAAAACCGAGGACCGAAAAAGCAUGCAAUCGAGAAGAAUGUGAGCCACCGAACGUUCAGCCAAAUGAAUCUCCAAUCUAUUGGGCGACUGGUCCGUGGACUGAAUGCAGUAAAUACUGUGGGAAUGGUACACAGAGAAGACAAGUCAAAUGCCGAGACAGUCGAAGCAGACAAGAACUCCCUGAUGAAUACUGUAGAAACUUUGAGAAGGAGCCCGAAAGCCGGACGUGUAAUCUUAGACCAUGUGUUGAAUGGAGGUCAGGAGAAUGGAGCUCUUGUCAAGGAAGCUGUGGGGCUCAUGUGGUACAGAAACGCCACGUUUACUGCUUUUCUACUGAGAACCCACCAGUUCAAGUGACAGAUGCGGAUUGUGAUCCAACCGACCAGCCAGCCAGCAUUAAAGGAUGCAAUUUUCCCCCGUGUCCAGCCGAGGCAAAGACUACAUUAGGAGAAUGGAAAACAGGCCCAUGGUUGGCUGUAAGUCAAGUUUUAAGUCAGCAUCGUAUUUCCAGUGUUCGGUCUCUUGUGGAAUUGGUUAUCGUCGACGGACAGUUCAAUGUGAUUCAAAAAUAUGCAACGAAUCCACCAAACCAUCUCAAUUUGAACAUUGCAAUCUUGGAGAAUGUAGACAAAAACACACAUGGCAAGCUGGACAAUGGUCAAUGGUGAGUGUCUAUUAGAAAAUAAAGUCAUCUUAAUAAUUUGUACAUAUAGUGUUCUAUAACUUGUGGAAAGGGAGGGUUGCAACAGCGCCGAAUCUGGUGUGAAUCAAUCGUGAAUCCGACCAAGGAAGUUUCGGCGAAGGAAUGCGAUCUAACAGAUGCCCCACAAUCUCGUAGGAUCUGUCAUGACCUCCCCGAAUGCCCCAUAAAUUCUGCGCCUCAAACCACUACUCAGGUCAACCGCAGUCCAAAAUACGUGUGGACUAGCGGGCAAUGGAGCAUGGUUAGUAAUUUCGGUCCCAAUGCACUUAAGUACACACAUUUCUGGCCCUAACUCAAGCACAAUCACACUUAGCUUCGUCACCUUGUUAAUUUACCUCAGUUUUUUUGUUGUUUUCUGUUUUGUGAACGUUUUUUGGUUCGUUGUUGCUUUAUAUAAACUGUUUAUUUUGAAUAUUGCUCAUAUUUAUAACUUUUUUUGCACUUUAUUGUACAGAAAUAAGUGAAUUACACCGAUUUCAGUGUUCAUCUUCUUGUGGUCCUGGUGCCCGUGUCAGAGAUGUCUAUUGUGUUGACGCUCUUACACAGACAACAAAAAUGCCUCCGACUUUAUGUGAUCCUGCCGAACGACCUGUAGCUGAGCAUCGAUGUCGACAGAAGACAUGUCCAAAAUGGGUUAAAGAGAAAUGGUCAGAAUGUUCAGUGACCUGUGGGAAAGGUGUAAGAAGAAGAGAGGUGUUCUGCAGAAGAGGAAGAGAUGAAACAUUAGCGGACUCUUACUGUGCAGAAGCAGACAGGCCAGAAAACGUUAGACCAUGUGAAAGUCAAAAAUGCUCAUCAUACGAAUGGAAAGUCACUCCAUGGUCAAAGGUAAGAAAAGGACAAUGAUAAAUGGCGCGUGCGUUCUAAUUCAUUUCGGGCCUCGUCGCAGAAACCCCUGAUUUCUUGUGUGUGGGCAACAAUCAGUGUCAGAAUUAAUUUUUGGAAUGACCUUUUACAAUUAGAUUCGGCUAACUGCACCUUUAUAAAGGUUAAUUAACAGAGUUAAAAACUCUGUUAUAGCAUGAAAUUUCGCAAUUUUCGGCAAGAAUAUCCCAUUUCUUGUCUGGCACGCCAGUUAAUCGCGGUUUUCUGCGACGAGGCCAUGACUUAUAACGAACUGAUUUACAGUGCGUUGAUUUGUGUAAACCUAACGAGCAACACCGUCGGGCUUAUUGUAUGAGCUCAUUAAAUCAACGAGCGGCUCCAAAAAUGUGUUCGAACGACACAAUACCUAUAUUAAAAAGAAAUUGCCCAUCUGACAAAUGCCCUUAUAAUUGGGUGCCGGGACCCUGGAGUACAGUAAGUUUAAUCUCGUUUAGAUGAUAUUAUUCAGUGUUCCAAAACUUGUGGAAUCGGUCAUCAAUUCCGACGGUUGGAAUGUAAGGUCAAGGAGAAUAUGUGGCUGAAUCAGCCAGAGAGAGAGAGUACUGUGCUCUCACGGAUGUGUAUGGCUUUGAAGAAGCCGGAAGUGUCGAUGGAAUGCAUCAUGAACUCGUGCGACUCUGAAUUCAGAUGGAGUGUCGGACCUUGGUCAAAGGUGAGCGGCUUGGUUCACAACCAUUUGUUCUGUAGUGUUCCCAAGAAUGCGGCCCAGGCUCAAGAAAACGGAAGGUAUACUGCCUGAACACCAAAAACGAAAAAGUUGAGAAGGAGAAGUGUAAUGAGGGGCAUAGACCAGUGAAAAGAGAGAACUGUUUCCUCAGGAAUUGCCUUCCUGGAGAUUGCGCCCAACUCAAGAGUCAGAAUCCGAACGUAAAUGGAGUAGAUGGAGAAUACUUUGUGUUAGUCGCUGGCUAUAGAACCAAAGUUUAUUGUCACGGGAUGAACGAAACUCUCCCCAGGACAUACCUAACAGUCAAUCCCCAAAUGAAUUAUGCCGAAUUCUAUGGGAAACGGUAAGAAGACAAGGCUGCGGCUUAUUUCUUUAGCCUCGCGUAUCCCUUUUCGUGUCCAUAUGACGGCCAAAGGAAUGAUUCCUGUGACUGCACGGACGAUGGACACCUCAGUGUUGGCAGAACAGAGUUCGGAAAGGUCAGAGUUGAUCUUCAGAAUAUGAAAAUCAACCGUAAGUUGCCCCCCCCCAUUUUAAUAAACUACCGUAAUUCCAGCUCAUGACUUUACUUUUGCCAAGACCUCUCAUGGUUCUCCGGUGCCCUAUGGCACAGCAGGUGAUUGUUACAGCAUGAGCGACUGUCCUCAGGCAAGCCAUCUAUGAUAUCUAUAAAAUAAAUUCUUUUAGGGACGAUUUUCGAUAGAUUUGAGAAACACUGGUCUCAAAAUUGUGGAUGAUCUCCAAUGGACUGACCACGGCCAUCGAACAAGUUCUCAUAUUGAAAGAUCAAUGGUAAGAAUCAAUAUUAUGUGACAUGGAUCCUUUAGAAUAACGCUGUAAUCACAGGAGCCUGUGGUGGCUACUGUGGAGAAUGUGCUCCAGAGAGAUUCAAAGGCCUUGUUCUCGAACUGGAGCACAAGUUAAAGUCAAAGAAACAUUAA